UCCGGCUUGGUUAACACACGUCCUCGUCGAAGAGGAAACUCUCCGAAACACCCUCGGGACACUCGACUCGCGCCACUCUGCUCGCUCGGGUUAGCGAACUCAACAGUUUCUUGAACGAAGCCAGUAAGAGAAAAAGGUCGUCAUCAUGGACGCGAUCAAGAAGAAGAUGCAAGCGAUGAAGCUUGAGAAGGAUAACGCGAUGGAUAAAGCCGACGCCUGCGAAGGGCAGGCGAAGGACGCUAACAUGCGCGCGGACAAGGUCCUUGAAGAAGUCAGCGACUUGCAGAAGAAACUCAAUCAGGUGGAGAGCGAUCUUUCAUCCAACAAACAGGCCCUGGAACAAGCGAACAAAGACCUCGAAGAGAAGGAGAAGGCUCUAACCAACGCCGAGUCCGAGGUCGCCGCAUUGAACCGGAAAGUUCAACUGAUUGAGGAGGACUUGGAGAGAUCUGAAGAGCGAUUGAACACCGCUACCGCUAAGUUGGCAGAAGCUUCUCAGGCUGCUGAUGAAUCGAGCCGUAUGUGCAAAGUAUUAGAAAACCGUGCACAGCAGGAUGAGGAGAGAAUGGAUCAGUUAACGAAUCAACUGAAAGAAGCACGUUUACUCGCUGAGGACGCUGAUGGAAAAUCGGACGAGGUAUCGCGAAAGCUGGCCUUCGUUGAAGACGAGCUGGAAGUUGCAGAAGAUCGAGUCAAGUCUGGUGAAGCUAAGAUCAUGGAGCUUGAAGAGGAACUUAAAGUUGUCGGUAACAGCUUGAAAUCUUUGGAAGUCUCAGAAGAAAAGGCUAAUCAAAGAGUCGAGGAAUUCAAGCGCCAACUCAAAACCUUGACAGUGAAACUAAAGGAAGCCGAAGCCCGCGCCGAAUUCGCUGAGAAAACUGUCAAGAAACUUCAAAAGGAGGUCGACAGGCUCGAAGACGAAUUGGGCAUCAACAAGGACAGAUACAAGUCACUCGCCGACGAGAUGGACUCCACGUUCGCUGAACUGGCGGGAUACUAAGAUAUUUCGUUCUUUUAUGCUUCCUACAUUAAUUCAUGCGUGGGAAUGAACGGUUCCGCACGAUGGGCUUUAAAAUAUUAUUACCUACAACUACCGUCGUUGCACGAUCAGCGAGAGAAGCUUGGGCCAAAGAUUGUCUCUGCCGAGGAUCGGAUAUUAUUUAUCUAAUUAUGCGACGUUACCGCGACGAAGAUGGUCAUUGUAUGGAGAUAUCCGUAAGGAAAUUUAUUCUGUUACACUGUUGUACAAAAUAUUACACAAGACCCAAUAAACUGCUGUAAUAUGGUAUACGUUACUAAUUA